GAUCUGCUCCGAUGGAGCCCACCGGUGGCUACAGAGCACUACAAGUACAUGAUGAAGGAGGCCGCCAGGGGGGCCCGCGACAUCCUCUUCUUCUCGGCCCCUGACCUGCCUGGGACGCUUCAGCUGGUUGCUCGUGGGAUAGCACGAGCGGUAUGGCGUCAAGACGCUGCCCUUGCCCUCAAGCUCAUCGAGACCUCCCAGCACGCCGCCGACGCCCUGACGGUCGACGGCGAGGUCGUCUCGCUGCGCCACGCCCCGUCCUUCGAGCAGUGGGCCGCUGGAGUACACCGGCUGGUUCGGGAACGCACUGCGGCCCUGGCGGCCUACUGGACCCCUGUCUUCUCCAAGAAAGAGCCCCACCCUGUCAUGACCCAGAUGUACCUCGAUAGGUUCCUCACCAAGGCCUCUGACAUCGACCUGCACUGUCCUCUGACCCCAAUGUUUCGUAAGGUUCUCAGGCGUGCUCGUCACUCUGCUCCUGGUGUCGACGGGCUGCCUUAUGCGGCCUGGUCGGCGUGCGACUACGGCGCCCAGCACCUGGCCAGAAUGUUCGGAUGGCUAUGCCAAGGUCAGUCGUUGUUUGCCUCUGCCAGCGUCACCCUCCAGGCGUUCCUCCCCAAAGGUGCUGAUGACUCAGAUCUGCCGUCUGGGGUUUGUUCUCGGUCUCCCGAUAAGAUACGGGUCCUGGGGCUGCGUAACACCGACGUUAAGAUCCUGAGCUCGGUCAUGAACAGGGUCCUCGAGCCUGUCGUCCAAGCCGUUGCACCUGCUUCCCAGAGAGGCUUCAUUAGAGGACGAAAUUUUUGCUACAACGUGCUUGAGCUGGAUGUCCAUGCACGGCUUGCAUCGCAACAUCCCCUAGCUGUGCGUCGUUACCCUGUCCUCGUCGGGUUCGACUACGGGCAGGCCUUCCCGAGCUUGUCGCAGUCCUUCCUGCUACAGCUAUUGGGCUCUCUUGGGCUCCCCGCCGAGAUUCUCGCUUUUGUGGGCUGGAUGUAUUUGGCUGUUGAAGGUGUGGUCCUGGAUGGGGGAUGCUACUCGACCAUCUUCUGGAUCCGCUCGGGCAUCAUCCAAGGCUGUGGUCUCUCGGGGUCUUUGUGCGCUCUCGCCUCCUCUCCCAUGUUGGCCGACCUCGAGCGGAGUAUUGAGCAACGUCAGUUGGGGAUAUGCCGUGCCUGUGCCGAUGAUCUAGGCGCUGUCCUGUAUGAGCUAGCCUCUCUGCGCAUCCUGGUGCGCGUCCUCGGUGUCAUGGAAAAGAUUGCGGGCCUCAAGAUUAAGAUCAGCAAGUGCACCCUGGUCCCUCUCGUCGGCCGCAUGACAGAAACCUUGAAAACCAUGACCCAGACCCAGCUGGCUUCUAUCGCGAGUGACUGGUCAGGCUUUGCCGUUGAGGGGUGGUUGCUUUAUCUUGGGAUGAUCUUGGGCCCAGAUGCGACGGUCGACAUGAACUGGAGGGGCCCGCUUAUGAAG